GGCCUUGCCCAUGAGUCCGACCCGCAUCGUUCCAGGGUUUUGCCGACGCGAGCCCCGAUGCAUGAUGAUGAAGUCUGACGCACGGCCGGCACGUCGUGUUUUCUCUUCAUGCCCGCUCUCGUUAAGCAGCCCGUUCGAACCUUCCCGCCUUCACCCCACCGGCGCACAUCUUACCACAGUCAGGCCGACACAUCACACUUACUCCUCCCUUCCAUUCGCAGAUCGUCCGCCACCGGAAGCCACGCCGGACCUACGACACAGAUUCGCGUCAACAGCCUGAAUGUAUCCACGGUACCCUCCGGAUUGUCAAGACCCCGCCGCAUCCACCUCGACGUCCGAACAUCCUCAGGGGCCCACAAGACGAAAAUUUCCUUGCACGCCUGCUACGGUUCCACUCUGUGGGCGCGCGGGUACGCAUCGUGGGUCUCGGGACGUCGGUGUGUGCGGGGGCUGUCCGAGCACCUGUCUGAGUGGGUCAACGUCGUGUACGCAAUGCGUGUCUUGCGUCUGUGCGGUACCAUGGUGAGCGUGGUGACCCGCGCUCGCCGUACAUCGGUUCACUUGGGGCAUCACGGAACGAGGAUGCACCAAUCACGGAACGAGGAUGCACCAAGUGAAUCACGGACCCACGGCUGGCCGCGAACCCGGUCACGGCGGCCUCCCUUGUGGUCUACUGGCCGUCCACCUACUGCGGUGGGAAGCUGCUCCGCCGCGGCGGCACAUCAGUCCGCCGGACGAUCCGUGUCAGGUCAGCCGUGCCUGGUGGACCUCACGGUAGAGUCUCUGCUGUAUGCCCGUGUCCGAGUUGCGAUCCACAUUGACGUCCGCGUCCGGGCACGGGCGGAGACGUAGUGGCGUGACACGUUCUGACAGUCGUGCGGCUUUUCCACCCAUCUCCUCUGUGCCUUGAAGGAUGGGGCCCGAGGUGCGCGUA